AUGGGAAUACCAGAGCUAUGGGAAGUUUUGAAACCCGGCUUUGACAAAAGAAUAACCUUGGAAGAACUUGUGGACCACUAUGUCAAAGAAUAUCACCGACCGCCAAGAGUUGCAAUAGAUGCAUACAUGUUCAUUUUCCACUCCGAUCAUAGCUCGAUUCCCAGCGAAGAUAAAAAGAUCAUUUUGAUGCAAAACUUUAUGUCCAAAAUUCUUGCCUUGAUAGGGUUGAAUAUUUCAGUGAUUGUGGUUUUUGAUGGGAUAUUGAAACCUGAUAAAACUCGUUCAGGUGUGGCGCUGGAUUACGAAAAAGAAUUGGAAAAGCUACAACGUACAAGUACCUUUGCUGAGCCAAACGAAUUUGUUGAGCAGAUAAAAGGUGCUUUACAAGUAAACAAAAUUGAGUACUUGCAAGCAGCAGGAGAGGCCGAGGCCCAGUGCGCAUACAUACAAAAGUUGGGUAUCGUGGACUUUGUGAUAUCAAACGACGUUGAUAGUUUGGUAUUUGGGGCAACUCAGGUUCUACGAAAUUAUAGUCGUUUUGUCGAGGAUAUUGGACGUUCUCCCAGCAAGAAACCGGCCACCUUGAAACAAAAAUAUUAUGUCACUCCAGUCCGAAUGAAGAGGAUCGAAGAGAUAACGGGAUUAACACGGGAGAGGUUAGUAUUCCUUGCAACGUUAAGGGGAGGGGAUUAUUCCUCCGGCGUCAAAAGAAUGGGCAUAGUGAAUGCCACAAACUUAGCCCUAAGUGGGACCCUAUUCGGAAAGUUCUACAACAGGUCGCUCACCAAACAAGAGCUAAAAGAUGCAAGAAGCUUGGAUCUGGAACCCUCUGAGCCACCACCAGAUUUUUCAGAGGAGCUUGAACACUGUGUUGUGGACAACGACUUUGUGGCAUUACGACCCUGGGAUGCUAGAAAAGACAAACACACCAGAGAGAUUCUACUAGCGAGCCUAUUGAAGACUCUAAACGAGUCGUUGCAAGUUUCGAAUCGGGAUAUUUUUGGAAGGGGUGUGACCAUCACGGAGAAAUUUACAUUUGAUGAAUAUUACGUGCUUUUGUAUUUCUUCCCAUUGGUGCAAACCACGUUGCCAGUAUUCUUGCCGUGGACUUUGAGUUCGGGAGAGCUAGAUAUAAAUCUCGAAAUAACGUUAGGUGAUGUAGUCGAUGAGGAACUCACGCGACUGAGUGAGAUUGAGGAUAUAGAUUUCAACUAUGACACGUCGUUGAUAGUUCAAAGCAGUGAGCAUCUUUUCAUACCACAAACUUACAAUUGGCAAAUCAAGUUCAUCAUAUUCAAGUUGGCGUCUUACUCUAAUCUAGUGAGAAUCACCAAUGACAAAAUUGAGGAUGGGGUUGAAAAAGUGAUGCUCAAGUACGACGAGCGCGAUGUCCGCAAUAUGUUUCCAAUGUCACUCGAAGCCAGGAGAGUUAUUGAAUCACCUGAAAAGCGCAAGAAUGGCGAUACCAUCAAUUUUAUUUGGAUUCCCACAUCCUUGGUGAAAAUGUACUGUCAGCAAUUACUUGCCGAGUAUGAGCAAAGCAAAAAAGAUAAACUUUCCACAAAGAACAGUAAAUCCUCACAAAAAACAACUUUGGAUAUGUUGGAGAAUUCCCCUACAAAGGGGCAGAGACCUGGAUUUGAACUAUCUCAACCAAUACCGUUUGAGUUGAAGCCAUCAAUAUCACCUCCAAAGCGUGCACCCUCACCAAAAGGAAGAAUAAAAAAAGUAUCGCCAAAGAAGAAAGCUGCUCUUGUUGAAGGGCAGAGUAAGUUAGACUGUUAUUUCAAAGCAAAAAGCGACUUGAGCAGUAAUCCAUUUCUUGAUCCAGGUUUAUGA